AUGACGGACAACUCGCUGGACGUCGACGAAGACGACGCCGUGCUCUACGGCCGUCUCGACAGCGUUAAGCCGCUCAUCGAUGCCCUGAGCUGCAUCUACAGCCCUGCGCACAAGGGCCAAGACGUAACCAUGACGUCGCACGAAACGCACGGCGGCAUCCGGUUCACAGUGGAAGAAGCGGGGUGCCUGCUAGCCAGCGUGAUCCUCCCGCGGCGGGCCUUUGUCGAGUUCCGCUGCGGCGACGCAUCCGUCCGUCUGCGGCUCAACCUUUCGCUGCUCAUCGACUGCCUUAACAUCUUCGGGUCGUCGUCCGCGGAGCGGUUCUCGGCCGCGGUGCAAAUCCGGUAUGCGGGCGCGGGCGCGCCGCUCGUCGUGCGGCUGCGCGACGGGGAGGCAGACUCUGUGUGCGAGCUCAACACGCUCGAUUGCGACGAAGGCGACGACACGGACUUCCGCUUCCACGCGCACGACAUGGUCAACAUGGCCGUGGUCGACUCGGACGCGCUGCGCGACGCGAUGGCGGAGCUCGACUACGGCGGCGCCACGACGGCAGAGCUACGCAUGGCGCCGGAGCCGCCGCGAUUCAGGCUGUCGUCGCCCGCGUGGACGGUCGGGCUGCUGGGCGCGAGGGGGGCGGAGGAGGAAGAGGAGGCGGCGGUUUGUACGGUGGUGCUCGCGGAUCCGACGGAUCGUAGGACAGAUACGUUUCAGGCGUUUCAGAGUCGGAGGAUGCAGACGGCGAGUUAUAAGCUGGAGCACUUGGGGAGAUGUGUCAAGGCGUUAGGAUUGUCGGAGAGCUGUAAAGUCGAGAUGAAUGCGAUGGGGAUGGUGUCGAUUAUGUGUAGGAUGAGGGGAGGCGAGGACGGGGGUGGGGGGGUGUUGGAUAGGUGCUUUGUGGAGUUUGUUGUGGUGGCGCAGGAGAUUGAGGAAGACGAGGAUGGCGAUAGGGAUGAAGAUGAGGGGCAAGGGCUGGGAUUGGAAUGA